UCAAUUCAACACUUGUUCAAUUUUAAAGCUGCUGCAUUCUUUUCGCAUUAUUAAAUUAAAUAUAAUAAACAUUAGAAUUUUGAAAAUAAUUUAUAUGUAACUGUGAUCAAUAAAUAAAACUUAAUUACAUAAUAAAAAUUUGAAAAGAAUUGCCAAAAAUAAAUAGAAAAGUUAAAAUUGCAAAGAAGAAGAGAAAAAAAAAGAAGCUGUGCAGACGAAGGCGACGACAACCUCCACGACGAAAAGAAGCGAAGGGAACAAGCCGAAAAAGCCAAACGCUAAGAAAAUUAUCACCAGUUAUAUAAAUUUAUAUCCGCAUACACGCUUAUCAAUUGCCAAAACAUUGAAUUCAUUAUUUAAACAAUAUACCGAAGCUGCGGCCCAAUUAAAAGUAAAAGAACGCAAUGGUAAUGGAUGCAACUCAACCUCAACAACCAUCACCACAAUCGGUUGGACGUGAAUUUGUACGCCAAUACUAUACCCUGCUUAACAAGGCACCAAAUCAUUUGCAUCGUUUUUAUAAUAAUAAUUCUUCGUUUAUUCAUGGUGAAUCAACAUUGGUAAUUGGACAGAAAAACAUCCACAGUCGCAUUCAACAGUUGAACUUUCAUGAUUGUCAUGCUAAGAUAAGUCAAGUUGAUGCGCAGGCUACCCUCGGCAAUGGUGUUGUUGUGCAAGUGACUGGAGAAUUAUCGAAUGAUGGACAACCGAUGCGUCGUUUUACACAAACUUUUGUUUUAGCCGCCCAAUCGCCGAAAAAAUACUACGUCCAUAAUGACAUCUUUAGAUAUCAGGAUAUGUAUUCAGAUGACGACAAUGAUGGUGAGUCACGUUCGGAAAAUGAUGAUGAUCAUGAGCAAACGGUAACAGUAACAGCUAAUGAACCACAAAAUCAGGUUAAUGCUGCUGUUGUGGCUGAACAACAACAGACACUUCCAGCUCAAGUUGUCGCUGCUAAUACCGCUGUAAUACCGCAACAACAAUCACAAGCAGCUACUCCUCAACAGCAAACGAUUUAUUAUCCGAUGCCACCAACGGCAGGCCGCCCAGCUGCUGGUAUUGUUCUAGCUGCUGCACCACAAUCUGCAGCUGUACCAAUGGGUACACCAUAUGCGCCAGCUGGCACUCCCGGUGUUCCACCACCACAGCAAUUGCAAUCAACACCAGUUAACCAAUUAAACGGUGUAAUGGCGCAUGAUGAUUUGUUACCAAGCAUUCAACAGCAAAAUUCCGCUCAACCAACAAUUGCUGCUCAUACUGGUAGUUCGCCUGUUGUACAGUCCACUAAUGCUGCACCGGCUGUCAUUACAGCACAAACUCCAACUGGUGUUGCUGCUGUCCCCGUGGCAAGUGCUGCUGCAGGUGCUGCUGUUUUACCUCAAAACACAUUGCAAGGCUUUCAACAGCAGUCAUCACAUAUGCAACAACAACUGUUGCAGCAACAGCAGCCGCAAGCAUUACAACAGCAGCAGCAACAACAACCAAUAUUACAACAACAAUCACUAUUACAAUCCCAAAGUCCUCAGCAAAGUGGUGCAGUAAGUGUUGAUAUCGAUGAGUCAUUAAAUUCAAACAAUGUCAAUUCAACAAUUAGCAACAGUGAAGUUAAUGUGCGAAAUACGGAACCAGCUCCCGUUGUUGAUGAUUUUAAGACCAUAAAUGAACAACAACAACAAGAGAAAUAUGAAGCCGCUAAACAGCAACAAAAUGAGCCCAAAACUUAUGCAAAUCUCUUUAAAUCAACUUCGUCUUCACCCAGUGGUUUUGUAAAUGCAGCUUUUCAACAACAACAACAGCUCCAACAGCAACAGCAUCAGCAGCAACAACAACAAUCUGUAAAUAACAACUACCAGCCUAACUCCAUGAUUUCAAUUCAAUUUUCAAACUCAAAUAACUCAAUGUCCACAUAUAGUAAUCGCAAUAAUGACAAUUCAUCUUUACGCUCGGAUAAUAACAGUUUUGGGUCGUCAUCACAGCAGGGUAGCGGACCUUUGCCUCAAAGAAAUAAUGCUGGAAGAAUGAAUAAAGAUUUUGAACAGCGUAGAACAAGUAAUGCUCAACAGUUUGGCGAUAAUCAUCAAUUGUUCUUAGGCAACAUACCGCACCACGCUUCUGAUGAGGAAAUCAAAGCUCUUUUCGAACGAUUCGGUACAGUUUUGGAAUUGAGAAUACUAUCGAAGGCUGGCGGAAAACUCGCUCCAGGUGUAAGAAAUCCCCUUAACUAUGGUUUUAUAACCUAUGAGGACCCAAGCUCUGUUCAGAAUUGUCUGAAUAAUUGUCCAUUGUAUUUCCCGGAAAAUUCUACUUCGUCUGAUCGUCAAAAACUCAAUGUUGAAGAGAAAAAACCUCGUUCCCGUCAAAAUGAUAUGCCAAGACAAGGCAUGGGUAACAACAUGAAUAAUAAUAAUGGUAAUUCGCAGCGUAACAAUUUAGGUGGUGGUCCUCCAUCACGUUCACUAUCCAAUUCCGCUGGCGGCGGUGGUGGCAUGAUGCGUAACAACAAUUCCGGCAAUAAUAAUAUGCAACGUGGAGGAUCGACCGGUGGUGCACCACGCAUUGGCGGUACUUUUAAUCGUAACGACAGUCGCAGUGGUCCAACUAAUAACAGCGGUGGUGGUCAACAAAUACGUGGCGGUAGCAAUAACAAUGCGCAAACAGUUGGUGGCAGUUAUGGUGGACGGCGCUAACCAUUAAUAUAUCUCUUUCAUACGCAACCAACACACCACCAGCUACGCUAUACAGCAGGUAAUCAAGCUGUAACUACAACAACAACACCGCCUAGACAACAGUAGAAUAAUAUAUUAUAUGUAAUAAUAAUUAAAAA